UGUAUUCCGCCCCCAAAGAUCGUCAUGCAUGGGGGAACUAGGGGCGGAUGGGCUGUAUCGCGUACUUACCAUCCAUAAAGAGAAGGGCAUGGAGAAUGAACAGGUCGCUGGCUGGCAAUGCGGACUGGGGACGGGCGGUUUGCGACCCGGUUCUCUGGCUUACGGACGAAUCGGGCUAUCCAUUAUAUUCGAGUCUGGUACAAAUAUCUUCAUCGAAUUUCCCUUCCCUUUGUCUAUUGUUUCCUUUAGUUUAUCGCGUUGAGAAUUUUCGUUCUAUUCCUCUUACAGUCUAUCGUCGACUAGUCAUUUUUCUAUCUUCAUCAACCUUUGUUUGGCUUCAUAUUUCGACCUAAUUCCCACCUUCAUUCCGUCAAGAUGAGUGGUGAACAACCAAUUCAAUGUACCAUCGAUACCUGUCCGGUUUCCGAAUCGAUCUACGGUUACGCCCCAGGCCUGGGCGAGAAUGUCUUCUUUACUAUAUUAUUUGCGGUACUUGCAGUUGCUCACGCGGUACAAGGAAGCCUUCACAAGACAUGGUCGUUCCUUAUUGCGAUGUGUCUCGGAUCUGCCUCUGAAGCCAUUGGACAUGGCGGGCGCAUCAUUUUACACUCCGACGCCUUUAACGAUAGUGGCUUCUACAUCCAGAUUAUCCUGUUAACCAUCGCCCCGGCCUUUCUUGCGGCGGGCAUUUACCUUUGCUUGAAGCAUCUGGUGAUCACCUUCGGGGAAGAUCUAUCGAGGAUCAGACCCAAGUUUUAUACAUGGAUUUUCAUUAGUUGCGACUUUGUGAGUUUGGCGCUCCAGGGCGCGGGCGGUGGAGUUGCGGCGACGGCGGACGAUGGCGACAAGGCCAUGUUGGAUGCUGGAAACAACCUCAUGCUUGCCGGAUUGUCGUUCCAGGUGUUUACCCUUGCGGUUUUCGCCUUGAUGGCGGGCGACUACUUCAACCGGGUUCUUCAAGAUGUGAAGAAGAAUGGUGGAGGUCGUUUGAACCCGGCGACUACUACCUUGAGGAAUAGUCUGAACUUUAAGCUGUUCUGUGCGUCAUUGACUCUCAGCUACGUGGCCAUCAUGAUCCGAUGUGUCUAUCGAAUCAUUGAAAUGGCUGGCGGCUGGGGAAAUCCGAUCAUGCAGAAGGAAGGGCUCUUUAUUGGUCUGGAUUCGACAAUGUGUGCCUUGGCCGUGCUUGUGUUCAACUUUUGGCAUCCCGGGCGAAGCUUCAAUUAUCAAGGUUUCGGUCAUCGGGCGAUCGGUGAGAAUCAACCUGACAUCAUGUUGGAAGAGCACAAGAAUUCAUCCGACGAAUCUACCAACUACCGGUAUCGGGAUUGAAUAUUCCGUACUACCGAGAUACCUCCCACAAUGGAUACGAGACACAAAUCCUUAGCUUAGAUAUACACCGCCUUGGAAUGGAAUGGCGCAUUGUCGACGGUUUUCGUUUUCAGGUUUCGUUGGAGUUCAUAGGACAGUGGAUACUGGGGGAUUUCAAUGAUAUUUAAUCUGCAGCGUUUACGCAAGCUUUCGUCUAUUAAAUCAAGGCUUCGUAUUGAGAUGAGCGAGAAUGGAUCUUUGUUGGUGCUUCGUUACCACAUCGAUCUACCUUUUCACUUCAUAAAUUCCAAAGAUAUUACCCUCAACAUCCUUACACUUCGCAUAAAAACCAAAAUCGCUUUCCGGUUUCUUCUCCAAGAUCUGCUUUCCGCCAAUCGACUGGAUUUUCUCCACAGCCUACCGU